AAUGUAAAAAAAAACUGCUAAAAACCCGACGUGUGCAAUGUAAAUAACCAACCGGAGGGACACGAAUUGGGAUUAUCAACAGCGGAGCCUUGGAAAUGAUUCUGCUCUAAUGGACGCGCGGAUCCGUUCACAGCGUCACGGGGGAUGCGGAGAACAUUGUUCCGUUCUGCUGAUCUUUUCCUAUCGAUACAUUUUUUAAUCACAGGACGAAAAUCCAUCGGAUUCCGGCGCGGAUCUUUUCCAGGUGUGAUGAGACAAAGAAACAAAGGAUGCCUUAGAGAGGAGGUUGCCUGUACGCCUGGAAACCUCUUCAAAGCACACCACCAAAUGGAUCAAACGCCUCCCCCUGCCACCUCUAGAUCAUGAUACUCGGGUGAAGCUAUUCCAGUACAUUUAUGAUCCCUCCUCCAUCUAUGGCGAACUAUAGCCAUGCAGGGGACCACACCAUCUUGCAGAAUGUCUCUCCUCUGGCCACAUUCCUCAAAUUGACCUCCCUGGGUUUCAUCAUUGGAGUCGGCGUGGUGGGGAACCUCCUGAUUUCCAUCCUGCUGGUUAAAGACAAGAGCCUGCACCGGGCACCCUACUAUUUCCUGCUGGACCUGUGCGCCUCGGAUAUCCUGCGCUCCGCCAUCUGCUUCCCCUUUGUCUUCACCUCCGUAAAGAAUGGAUCUGCCUGGACGUACGGCACGCUCACCUGCAAAGUGAUCGCCUUCCUGGGAGUGCUUUCCUGUUUCCACACGGCGUUCAUGCUCUUCUGCGUCAGCGUCACCCGCUACCUGGCGAUUGCCCACCACCGCUUCUACACCAAGAGGCUGACGUUCUGGACGUGCUUGGCCGUCAUUUGCAUGGUGUGGACGCUGUCGGUGGCCAUGGCGUUCCCGCCGGUGCUGGACGUCGGGACAUACUCCUUCAUCCGAGAGGAGGACCAGUGCACGUUUCAGCACCGCUCCUUCAGGGCAAACGACUCGCUGGGCUUCAUGCUGCUGCUGGCGCUCAUCCUCCUGGCCACGCAGCUGGUUUACCUCAAGCUCAUCUUCUUCGUCCACGACCGCCGGAAGAUGAAGCCCGUCCAGUUCGUGCCCGCCGUCAGCCAGAACUGGACCUUCCACGGGCCCGGCGCCAGCGGGCAGGCGGCGGCCAACUGGCUGGCCGGGUUCGGCCGGGGCCCCACCCCUCCGACUUUGCUGGGAAUCCGACAGAACAGCAACGCCGCGGGCCGCAGGCGUCUCCUGGUGCUCGACGAGUUCAAAACGGAGAAGAGGAUUAGUAGGAUGUUCUACAUAAUGACGUUUUUCUUCCUGGCUCUGUGGGGGCCCUACCUGGUCGCCUGCUACUGGCGGGUGUUUGCCAGGGGCCCCGUGGUUCCUGGCGGCUACCUGACGGCGGCCGUGUGGAUGAGCUUUGCCCAGGCCGGGGUCAAUCCUUUCAUCUGCAUCUUCUCCAACCGGGAGCUGCGGCGCUGCUUCAGCACCACGCUCCUCUACUGUAGAAAAUCCAGGUUACCAAGGGAACCCUACUGCGUUAUAUGAUGGUUUUGCUGUUUUUUUUUUGUUUUUUUUUUAGUCAUCUAUGUCUUGGUUACCCUGAUUUACCUUGAUGUGGGCUCGUCCCAGUUGUACAGCUCUUGUUCCACGUCCUUCCCCAAUCAACCUUCAGUUUUCCCUUGCUCCUCCUCCUCACAGCCCUUCUCGGAGGGUAGAGGGUGGACUGCUGGCCACGCGGCUCUGCCUGGAUGAUUAAAAGCAAAAAGUCCGACCAAACGCGGAGACCGAACGGAAUGGGAAUAUAGAGAAGGUAUGGAUCCCCUUCCGGCGUUUAUGUUCUAGUAAACAAACAUUGUGGAAGGCCAUGCCAAUGCAGAAAAGCAAAAAGUUUCAAUUUUUUUUUUUUUUUUUUGACGAAACAAUGAAAACAAAAACCUCCUGCUUUGGAUAUUUCGAAGACGAGUAACUCUGUGAUGUGUGAAAUACAAAAAUAAAAAAAAAUAAAAAAGUUAUUAAAAAAAGGAACACAAAACGAAGAAACAAUACCUCUCAAGGAAUCAUUGGAAAUGUUUUACAGUUUAAGAGUUGCACUAAAAAGAAGAUGUAAAGUUGCUUUUCUUUGGUCGAUGGUUGCCAACUGUAUUGCAAGGACAACUUUUUCCUCUCUUUGUUUUUUUUUGUUUUUUUCUCUCCUUCAAAGUAAACAAUGAAUGCUUUAAUUUGCAACAGACAACACACUUGUCUUUACUUUAAGUAAAGCAAAACUUUGUGACUGUUGGGAAACACCAUCACAAGAGGAUAGGAUGGUUUUAAAUGUAAGUGAUUUUUCUUUUUCCAUUUACCGGGAGCGGGUGGGGCGUAAAGGGGAUCGGGGGUACGCGAUUUGUGGUUUUUUGAAGUUGCAACUUAAAACUAGAACUUUUUUUCUUGUAGUUUUACAACCCAUAUGUCCAUAGUGUCCCACCGUGUUACUUUCUUAACCGAUUUUACAGGAAAAAAAAAGAUGGUGCAAUGUAUGGGUUUGGAUAAAAAAAAUAUGAUUGAUUAAAAAAAAAAAGAAAAAAAAAAAAGAUCUUGUGCUUAAAAAAAAGACAUUGAAGACAUAGUUUAAUGUUUCGUCAUAUCCAUGUACCUAAACACUAUCAUGUUGUGACAGUAUUGCCGAUGCCACUCCGGGUGUUCUUGCCUUAAUGGUGAUGAUAUUGUCAUGGUUUUUCUUUUAUUUAAAUAUAUAUUU